UCCACCUCCGCCUGGGACCUUGAAUGAUGCUGCGUCUCUUUUCGCAGCAGCGCCGCAUCAUCUCGGGCUCGCGCCUCUUCAGCACCGAGAGCAAGCCUUCCGACUUCAGCGAAGUUCUCCGCAACCUCCGUGCGAGUGAACAUUUCGACUUGGUCGUUAUUGGCAGUGGUCCAGCUGGACAAAAGUGCGCCAUCGACAGUGCCAAGCACGGGAAAAAGGUUGCGAUCAUCGACAAGAAGGACAUGCAUGGAGGCGUGUGCGUGCACACUGGUACCAUUCCGAGCAAGACGUUUCGCGAGGCGGUGCUGCAUUUGACGGCCCAUCGUCACAAGGGAUUCUACGGAAAUGCUUACACGGCGUCGACGACGGGAAAGCGGUUGAGUUUGGAGGAAAUUCUGGACCGUGUUAAGAAGGUCGAAGAGGCAGAGACCGAUCUCACGCGUAACCAACUGACACGCAAUGGUAUCAUCCUGAUUAACGGCACGGCGCGAUUUCUGCAAACCGAGGACAAGAAAACGAUCGCGGUCUUAUCAAACGACUCGUACACGGAAAAGACGGAUGCGCAGCGCCACAACGACGCCAACAUCUGCAAACGCGUGUUGACGGCAGACAAGGUGCUCAUCGCGGUGGGAACGAGACCUGCCCGUCACCCCGACCUCGAAUACGAUGGACGCUUGAUCUUUGACUCGGACCAGCUGCUAUGGGGUGGGGUCGACAUCGUUCCGAAGCGUCUCAUCGUUGUUGGUGCCGGAGUUAUCGGGAUGGAGUACGCUUCCAUGAUCAGUAUCAUUCCAGGGACGCAAGUCACUGUGAUUGACGGCCGCAAGGAGAUCCUCGACAUGGCAGACAAGGAGGUGUCGGACGCGCUCUGCUACUACAUGCGCCAACGUGGGUCCCGAUUCCUCACAGAAGAGUCGAUCCUGAAGGUCGAGACCAAGGACGAUAGCGAAGUCGUCGUGCACUUGACCAGCGGCAAAGUGAUCAUGGGCGACGCGCUGUUGUACACGCAAGGGCGACAAGGAAACGUUGCUGGGCUCGACUUGGAGGCAGUCGGGCUCUCUGCGAACAAGCGCGGCAUCUUGGAAGUGAACAACAACUUCCAGACGGCGGUCCCGCACAUCUAUGCGGCUGGGGAUUGCAUUGGGUACCCUGCGUUGGCGUCGACGUCGAUGGAACAAGGUCGAUUGGCGUCAGUGCACAUGCGCACGUCUGAACCAACCAACAAGCUCCGUCCCGAUGCUGAAGUCCACGACCCAGCCCACCCUCGCACCCGCAUGCGCUCGGGAGAAGUGUUUCCGUUUGGCAUUUACACCGUGCCAGAAAUCUCGAUGGUCGGCAAGUCGGAACAGCAGUUGUCCAAAGAAAACAUCCCUUACGAGGUUGGCAUUGCUAGAUAUGAAGAGCUCGCGAAGGGCCAAAUGCUCGGGGGGAUGCCAGGAUUCCUCAAGUUAAUCUUCUGCCCCACGACAUUGAAGCUCCUCGGCGUGCACGCGAUCGGGGAAGGGGCGACUGAGAUUAUUCACAUCGGGCAGGUUGUGAUGUCGACGGGUACGCCAUGCUGUCUCUCGUCAUCGCACCGCCGUCUCUCUCACUAUGCGGCUGAACGACGAUGAAUGUCCACAGGUGGCACGAUGGAGUAUUUUCGCAACGCCGUGUUCAACUACCCCACUCUUGCCGAGGCGUAUCGCGUCGCGGGGCUCAAUGGCCUGCGCAAGAUCGAGGCGCUUCGAAGCAAUGACCUGUAAUGAAUACCUCGUCGCCAUCGUCGGCCGCAUUCGCCUUUUAUACGCGUGUGAAAUUUUUCGAACCUGCCGCGAUCUUUGGCCAAACCCAACGAUCGACGCCAAAAGUGCGUUUUUUCGACCGUGUAGCGGGUUUUACGCGUUUUUCGAAACAAAUUCAGGUGCAAGUUCAGCCUGCAACAUGCGACUCACAGGGGCGUCUCACGGUGUCGGGGUAUGGCGUAUCGUGGAAACGUUGCGUUGGAAAACAGCGUUUUCGAGUUGAAAAUGAUGCAGUGUUGGACUUUUCAUGACAGGAAUGCUCUGGACACCCACGAAACAGUUCAACGCCCCCAUGGCAUGGUCAAAAGACACGCACGACCAGCAUGUCGACCGUCGCCAGCUUUUGCAUGGUUUUUGCGGGACUUCCGUGGAAAUCUGGCUAUCCGGAUACCAACCGUCAACGUGCAAGAUCGCCUUUUGUUGACGUUUAAACACGUUUUUCUCCCGACCUCAAUUCCAA